GUGGUGUAUUUCAGCGCGCCGUGGUGUGUACCUUGUAAAAAGAUAGAACCAGUAUUCAGAGAACUUGCUUCUAGAUACCCUUCAAUGAUUUUUGUAACCAUUGAUGUGGAAGAACUCGCUGAGUUUAGUGAUGAAUGGAAUGUGGAAGCUACACCAACUAUAGUGUUUCUUAAAGAUGGGAGACAAAUGGAUAAGCUUGUUGGUGCUGAAACCUCAGAGCUUCAGAAGAAAACAGCUGCAGCUGCUGAACUCUUACUCAGAAAACCAUAA